GAACAAGGAAAGAGGUAUUGAACAGGGAUAAAGAAGGGGACGAGGAAAACGCGUCCAGGAUUCUUCCCGCCCUUACUGGGACAUCCGGAGGGGCGGCCUUUUCCCACCAAAUCCUCAGCCUCGAGGAAACGAAACAGCCUCCUGUGAGACUGCCCUCCCCCAGUGCCACCUCCUCCUCAACCACACGGUUUCCCCUGUGCCGCUGCCGGUGUGCACCUGCCCCUGGAUGGAACAGUCGCUGCCACCCUACGAGAUGCUGCCAGCGGGGAUGAACAUGGACGAGAUGCCGCCAGGGGGGAUGAACAUGGACGAGAUGCCCACGACCACCUGCACAACGGUGCAGGUGGAGGAGGAGCAGCUGCCUCCCCGAGACCACCUGGUAUGGUCCUUCUGCACUGCCCUGUAUGGCAACAUCCUCUGCCUCGGGCUCCUGGCGUUCUUCUUCUCUGUCAAGUCCAGGGACCGCAAAAUGCUGGGUGACCACAGUGGGGCCCUGAGCUACGGCUCCACGGCCAAGUGCCUGAACAUCACGGCCCUGGUAGUCAACAUCAUCGUCAUCGUGAUCACCAUCGUCAUCGUGGUCUUGGUGGUGAAAUCCUACUCCUACCACCCCUACCACCCUUACUACCCUUAG